GCCACAGCAGCGAUCAGUUUUGUCUGAGCCAUGAGCGAUUGUUUAGUUCAUAAAUUGCUGCUGCUCUUUCUGCUGCGAUUGGGGGUGGGAUCACCACAGGAGCUAAUUAGUUCCACAGGUAACUAUAUUUUGUCAGCACCUGCUAACAUCUAUUCGGGUCGUCCCUAUGGAGUUGUUGUGAGCACGUUCAAUUACAGAUUCCGUACCAUUUUCGAGGUUGUGCUAUCCGGCCCCAGCAUCAAUGUGAGCAUGCAAAUGCUAACGACUGGUAACUUUCCGUCCAGCAAGUAUACAUUUGAUAUUCCCGAAUUGGAGGAAGGACUUUAUUGGCUGAAGAUAAAGACCCUACGAGGAUUUCAGGUUGAGAACUCGACGCAAUUGACAUGGCGUAACUUUAAAGACUUCAUUAAAAUACAAACGCCUAAGUUGCUUUACCGACCAGGACAAUUGCUGCAGUUUCGUGUCUUCUUCCACAAUGAGACAAUGAAGCCAGUGAAGCCACGGUCCAAGGCGGCGAUAUGGAUUGAGGACGCCAAAGGGAUUCAUGUUAAAGUGUACAACAGUUUGACGGUCGUACAAGGCGUAUUUCAGUCGGAGCUACGUCUGAGCCUACGACCAAAUCUUGGCCGCUGGCGCAUCUGCGCUCAGAAUGGAGUUCGUUCCAAUGAGGAAUGCACCCAUAUACAAGUUAAUAAUUAUGAAUUACCGUAUUUUGAAUUAAAUUUGAGUGCGCCAGCCAACGUUAACAUAACAGACCAAAAGUUCGACGUAGCUGUAUGGGCACAAUAUAUUUCUGGUGGUCCCAUCGAGGGCAACCUAACUCUUCAAUUUGAAAGCUACACUGAAGGCGAGGUGGAACACACUCCGCAGACCGUUACGCUAGAAAGUGAACUUCAAAAUGGCAAGGCUACGGUCAAUGUUAAGCUAUCGCAGUUCCAUGCAAAGAAACUUUUUUAUAUACCGCUUCAGCUCACACUAACCGCAAAUGUUUCUGAGAAAUACACCCAUAGAAGAGUUUUUGCCACCACGAGGGUAACUGUGUGGGACCCAAAAUCAAAAGAAUCACCGCCCAUUAAACUUGUGCCCGAGACCCGUGCCAAAAAGCGUGUAAAUUUAGUACAAAUAGAGAAGUUCGGUACACCAUUAAAAAAUCCGGAGAAGAUCAUGUUUCAGCUUAACCGUACGCUCACAAAUGCCAUUUGUGUGGUCAUGUUUAACGGUCUCAUAUUGGGAUCGGAAUCAGUCUAUCCGGAUCAAUCGACUAACGAAUUUGAGAUCUUGAUACAAUUGACUACGAAAAUGUGGCCGCUUGUGCAUGUUAUUCUGUACAGCGUGGAUUCCAAUUCAAAUGUUUUAGUUAUGGCUCGGACAACUAUUACACCGGCUCGACCUGACCACGAACAUGUUGUCAUCGAAGCACCUACUGAAGUCUCGCCUGGCGAUGAGAUAACUUUGCGCAUAAAGUCAGCACCGAAUUCCUAUGUGGGACUUGCUGCUGUGGAUACCCGAGUUCUUAAACUCGGAGGGAACUUGUUUAAUGAUUUCUCAGAUAACUAUUUUGAUACUAUAAAAGCCUUUAUACAAGCGUCGGCAUCUGAUAUGAUACACACCGAAAAUCAUGCGGUCCAGAUGUCGGGCUUAAUUUUUUUGACCAAUGCAGCCAGCGUUUUAGAAAUGACAAAAGAUUCCAAGACUUCGCGACAAAAUCUAAGAGAUCGACUUUCUCGUGGAAAAAUAACUAUGCGGAACGAACUGGUAGACUUCGAUAAUAGGCAUAUGGAAGAUUAUAUAUGUUGCGAAAUACCAAUAGUCAGAGAAGAAUAUAACGAUGUGUGGAUAUUCAACAGCACACAGAGUAAAAUACGUAACUUGACAACUUGGAAGUUGCGUGUUCCCGAUGACAUGACUUAUUGGAGGCUGAGCGCAUUUGCUGUGGAUUCUAAUGUAGGACUAACCCUGCUAAAGCCCAAACCGUAUAUAAAUAUAAAGAGCAAAAAGCCCCUCUUCAUGUCUUUAAGUGUGCCCUAUAGCAUACAAGUCGAUGAAGUGCUGCAAUUAGUUCUGCACUGCUAUAAUAAUUAUGAGGAGAAACUAAAAGUAAGCUUUCAAGCUAUGCAAGAUGACAAACAGUAUCAGGUGCUUGACAACGAUGGAAAGCCUAUGCCUGAAGGGGCAAAGCAAGAAGUGGCUAUAUCGAGUUAUAAGACUGGAGUAGUGAAGUUCAAUCUGCGCGCCCUUCAGCCCGGCACAUUAAAUGUGACUAUUGAAGCGAUGUCUGAUGUUGGAACGGAUAGCAUAGUUCGUAAGAUCAAAGUACUAAAGGAUCCUCAACUGUUGUCAGGCCAGGUAAUGGCCUAUCAUAAACUGACGUUACGCACACCAAGAGCGGAAGGCACACUGGAAUUUCCGCACAAGCCAACAGAGGAAGGCAUCAAGUGUUUUGUGAGUAGUCAAUACGUUGCUGCAAUGCCGCACACCCUGAACUUCUUCGAUCCGUUGGAUAAUGGCGAACAAUUGAUCAGCAAAAUGAUGUCUAUCUAUUAUUUGUGGAAAUAUUUUUUUGAUGACAAAAACGUGUCUCAAAGCUAUAGGGAGUUUUUGGAGGAUCAGCUGACGAAUGGUUUUCAGUCGUUGAUGCGUCUACGCAGACGUGAUGGAGGAUAUCGUUACAAUUUUGGAAUCGAGCCUGAUUGCAGCUCAACCUGGUUAACUGCAUAUGCCGUGCAGUUGUUGUAUUUGCUGCAGAGCUCGUCAAUAUCUUUUGAAACUCGUUUGUUGAUGCAAUCUGAGAAAUUUCUGCUUCGUCGUAAAGGAGAAGCGGGAUAUUUUGAGGAGUCCUGCAUAACGCCAGGUCGGCGAAAUAUCAAACCAUUAGAGCUGAACAUUGAGAUACUUAAGGUUUUGCAAUUUUCGAAUAGUUUGCUAAAUCUCCAAAUUGCCCAAGACUGGGUUAACGCGCAAAUGAUAGCCGAACCAGACUACUAUAUGCUGGCCAAGCGCGGACUUGACACAACUGAAUGGAUAAGGCCGAAAACUGAGGCAAGUGACAACUGGAUACAACACAGACGUGAACUAGAAACAGCUGGGCGUAUAUUAUCAGAGUCAGUGCGUCGUAACCGUAGAGAACAACAGUCUGAUAUCUUCAACUGGCUGGUGGCUCAACUCUUCCAAAAUGUCAUAUACGAAAACUGCUAUGAGUGCUCUGUGGCUGAGCAGGCCCUCUACGAUUAUGUUCAGACACAGCCAAUAGAGACACCAAACUUAAAAGUACUGAUUUGGGAAGACCCAAAUAAAAAACUUAAGAUCAACAUCCAUGACAAAAAUCAAUGGCAGGAGAACCUAAUGCCGCUCAAGACACAAAGCCGAAACAUUAGCUUUAAAGCACUAGGUGUAGGACAAGUAUUUGUACGCUGCACAUAUGACUAUAAGCUGGACAAUCGGGAGGUGCAAAAACCAAAAGCUUUGCGUUAUUAUCUGUCUGUGCGUAUUACUAGAGAAGAACUGAUGAAAAUGCGAUUUUGUGCGCAGCGCUUCAGUCGGGAGCGUCAAGACUAUGUGGGCAGUAAUUUGGAGCUGCAGCUACCCUCAGGCUAUGAGAUGGACGAAGAACAUUUAACUCGAAACAUGUCCUCCAACGAAUUUCAAUUCAUCCCAUUGGAUAAGAAUACUAAACUUUUUGUGAUUCUGACGAAACUCGCAGUUGGAAAAGUAAUUUGCUUUUCAAUGCUUGCUAGGCUUGACCACAAGAUAGAAAAUCUGCAGAGCGGGCGGCUGACUGCGUACGAUAUCAAUUUGUGGGAAAAGCGUGAAGUGCUCCCCUACAAUUUUUCUCGUACUGCUGUAUUUUCCAAUCUCGCUAAUAAUAAUAAUAAUAAUAAUAGUAAUAAUAAACGAACGAGGAUUUUAAAUUAAUUAGGUUGCCUUCUCAUUAGCAACGUUACCGAGUUAGCUGACAAAACUUUGGCCCACACCGGUGCCCGAAGCAGGAGCUGGAGUUGUUUGUGUGCCGCCCACUCCGGCGGCUGCGAAUCUUCUCAGAGAAACCGAAAACGCACGUUGCGGCAGCUGCUUGUAAAGUUCAAAAGCUGCGAUGGGGUUGAGUGCGUUCCAGGAUUCCUGAUUUAAUG